GGGGCAGCCUUCUCUGCCGGGACGCUAUAAAGAGUUCAGCCUUGCGGCUCCAGCCUGCUAGUCGUGUGCGAUCAGUGCAGCCGGUCAGGUCGUCGAACGUCAAAAGAAGGGGAAAAAAAAGAACAGCAAUGCGGAGCUACUGCUUGUGUCUGGUGGUGGUGGCCGCAGCGGCGACUUUCGCGGCGGCGCAGGAAAACUUCAAGUGCCCCGACGACUACGGCUUCUACCCGCACACGUCCUCGUGCGACAAGUACUGGAAGUGCGACAACGGCGCAGCCGAGCUGAAGACGUGCGGCAACGGCCUCGCCUUCGACUCCUCCGACCCCAAGUACCUGACCGAGAACUGCGACUACCUGCACAACGUCGAGUGCGGCGACAGGACGCAGCUCGAGCCGCCAAUCAGCGCGCCGCACUGCCCGCGCCUGUACGGAAUCUUCUCCGACGAGGCCAAGUGCGACGUGUUCUGGAACUGCUGGAACGGCGAGGCCAGCCGCUACCAGUGCUCCCCCGGGCUGGCGUACGACCGCGAGGCGCGCGUCUGCAUGUGGGCCGACCAAGUGCCGGAGUGCAAGAACGAAGAGGUCGCCAACGGCUUCGCGUGCCCGGCGGCCGGUGAGAUCGCCUCGGCCGGCGGCUCCUUCUCGCGCCACGCGCACCCCGAGGACUGCCGCAAGUACUACAUCUGCAUGGAGGGCGUCGCGCGCGAGUACGGCUGCCCCAUCGGCACCGUCUUCAAGAUCGGCGAUGGCGAGGGCACCGGCAACUGCGAGGACCCCGAGGACGUGCCCGGGUGCGAGGACUACUACGGCGACCUGGACCUGAAGACGAUACGCAAGAGCGAGCUGCUCGCCGGCCUCAACACCAGCAGCGGGCAGUCCCGCGCCGGGCCCGCCGCCCCCAAGAGCGGCGGCAAGCCCCGCCCCCAGUCCCAGAACCCCCGCCCCACCCCGCAGGACGCGGCAUAGGGCCGAGCCCCCCUCACCCCCACCCCCACCACCCCCUCCCGCGCUCACGGCGUCAUGCGGUAAAGACUGCGGGCUCCUGGUCGCUCGCCGCGACUAACAAACACACUUGGUGCACACCGAAGAGAACAAUCCCCCCCUUCACGUCUUCCGUACUUCCUUCUCUCGUUUCUCUCUCUCUCUGUCUCUCUCUCUCUGUCCAGUGCUUUGUACUUCUCACGACUGUCGUAGUGCACGCCACUCCCGAAGUCAGUCUCCAACCUCUGUGUUUAGAAAUUCCAAACAAAGUAAGUACUUUUGCAAAAGUUUCAAACCACAUGCAUCAAUCAGCUAUCGGAAUGAUUUUUUGCAACACAACUUUUUAAAAUUUUUUCCUAUCAGCAAACCCGACUAUCGUGAGCAAGCUAGAAAGUCUUGCAAGUGUUAAAAUAGUCGUCACCACCACCACCACGACCACACAAACUCCUGUCAGUUCUGCAUGCUUAAAGUACAAUAAGUAUGGAACCAAAUACCAAAUUCUGUAAACGCAAAAAUUAUAUUUCUGAAGAUGAACCUAUUCUUAUAUUUUAACUGUUUAUUCAGCACAUUUAACUUUAAAAAAAAUCAUGAAACCUUUAUCCAAACUACUCAAAAAGGUAACAGACAGUGUCUUAGAAUUACCAUAGACUUCCAACAACUAAUAUUCUACACACUUAAUGGCAUGAUUUUAAUCUAUAAUAUUACACUGCUCCUUUUUCAUUGAAAGUAACAGCCACAGUUGGUACACUAACCAUGGAUUGGCGAGUGCCUAACUUGAAUUUUGUGUUUUUUUCCCUCUAAAUUUCUGCAGCGAGGACUACUAUGGUGAAUUGGACUUGAAGACACUCAGGAAUCUGGGCCUCAGGAAGUGAGGAUCAGAAGACAGAUGUAAAUCAAAAAUGGGCUUGUGCAUUGGGCCUACUUGCAGUGUCUUUGUUGAGUUGAAGAACUCAAAAAAAGCAGACUUUUCCUGAAGAAUAUCACAGGAACACAUUCCAAGAAAAAAAAUUUUCCCUUAUGGCUCUGUUCAGUAGUUCUAUUAGGAGCUUAUGUACAUAAAAUUAUCAUUGAUUUGGCUGCUGGAAGCAUUGUUGGUAUUUAUUUAUCUAUAAUUUUGGUGUGUUGAAAAAUGACCUGUCAUUUAUUUUAAUUUUUAAUACAUUACAAGUCAAUACAUUGAUACCACGACACUUUAUUCCUGAUAGAUGACCUUUAGCAUCGAGAACUUAUAAUCUUAGGCAUAUGCGUUUAUUUUUGUUUCCUAUUCUUUCACUUCAAAUCUAUUUGAUCUUCAUUUAAAAAAAUGUAUAAUUCUGGACAUUUUGAAUUUUGUGAUGAAGUACAAGUCAACGAAAUAAGCUCAACAAACUUUGUGCUUUUGUGGUUACAAAAUGAAUGCCUGUUUCAUGUAAUAUUUUAACUGAGCUGUAUACUUAGAUUUGCCCAGUCACAUAAAAAUAUAUGUGAAUAAACAUUUUCAACUUUAAUAUAUAAAAAACUACACAUUAUAAGAUCAGGUGACUGCAUUGUGAGUAGCUACAGCGAAGUACUAUAGCCACAGACUUUUAUUAUUUUCUGCCAAGUGUAUGUAUGAGAUGUGUGUUUUUUUUGUAAAUAAAUGUUGUAUUACGUACAAAAA